CAUUUACUGCCUGUGCGUGGAAAAACUGGUUCUAAGUGCCAGAGCUGAAAGUUCGCAUGGAGCUGGGGUAGAGAGUCGAGGAACAAGUUUGGAAUUCUUGUUUUGUAAAACAGUACCAACCAACGAGGCCGUCCGCGUCCGUAAAUUAAGCGAGGGUAUUUUUAAAUCUUAUUCCUGUUAACAGCAGGCUGCCAGGCACGACAUGAGGGGGACCUUUAAAGGAGGGCUAUUGCAGGCAUCAUGGUGACCAUUCCAGAGUACUUUGCUGGGAAAAAUGUGCUCAUCACAGGAGCCACGGGCUUCAUGGGUAAGGUGCUACUGGAGAAGCUGCUGCGCUCCUGUCCUGAUGUCAAGGCUGUGUACGUGCUAGUUCGGCAGAAAUCAGGCCACGCCCCCAGCGCACGCAUUGCAGACAUGGUAAACUGCAAGCUUUUUGACAGGUUGAGAGAAGAGCACCCCAACUUUCCAGAUAAGAUAGUGCCCAUGAGCAGUGAUUUGACCCAGCCCGAGUUGGAUGUGAGCAGAGAAGACCAGCAGACUUUAGUGGACUGCAUUAACAUAGUGUUCCACUGUGCUGCCACAAUCCGAUUCAAUGAGCCUCUCAAGGAUGCAAUGCAGCUGAAUGUUCUAGCAACACAGAAGAUCAUGGCUUUGGCCCACAGAAUGAAGCAUUUGGAGGUCUUCAUCCAUGUGUCCACAGCCUAUGCCAAUUGUGACCGCUCAGUAAUUGAGGAAGUGGUGUACCCACCACCUGUCGACUACAAGAAGCUGAUAGAUGCCCUUGAGUGGAUGGAUGACAAGCUGGUCAAUCUAAUCACACCAAAGCUUAUUGGUGACAGGCCCAACACCUAUACAUACACCAAGGCCCUGGCCGAGUACCUUGUCCAGCAGGAAUGUGGCAGCCUCAAUGUGGCUAUUAUAAGGCCCUCCAUAGUGGGAGCCAGUUGGAAAGAACCAUUUCCAGGCUGGAUUGAUAACUUCAAUGGGCCCAGUGGGAUUUUUAUAGCCGCUGGAAAGGGAAUCCUCCGCACUAUGAGAGCUUCUAAUGAUGCCGUGGCAGACCUUGUCCCAGUUGAUGUUGUUAUCAAUGCUACACUGGCAGCAGCAUGGUACUCAGGAUCCCAGAGGUACACCAGACCAAAAAGUCUGCUGGUGUACAACUGCACCACUGGAGGCAUCAACCCCUUUCACUGGGGUGAAGUUGAGUACCAUGUAAUAUCCACUUUCAAGAGGAACCCCCUCGAGCAGGCCUUCAGACGGCCCAAUGUUAAUCUUACAUCCAAUCACCUUAUCAAUCAGUACUGGAUUGCUGUAAGCCACAAGGCCCCAGCAUUCCUAUAUGAUCUCUACCUCAGGAUAACAGGAAGAUCUCCCAGGAUGAUGAAGACUAUCACACGGCUGCACAAGGCUAUGAUCUUACUGGAAUACUUCACAAGCCACUCGUGGGUGUGGAACACAGACAAUGUGACCAUGCUCCUGAACCAGCUGAGCCCACAAGACAAGAAACUCUUUAACUUUGAUGUGAGACAGCUUCACUGGGCAGAAUACAUGGAGAGCUAUUGCAUGGGCACAAAGAAGUAUGUUCUCAAUGAGGAACUCUCAGGCCUGCCUGCUGCUAGGAAGCAUCUCAACAAGCUGAGGAACAUCCGCUACGCAUUCAACACCAUUUUGCUUGUGCUUGUUUGGCGGAUCUUCAUUGCCAGGUCUCAGAUGGCUCGGAACAUCUGGUAUUUUGUUGUCAGCCUGUGCUUCAAGUUCCUGUCCUACUUUCGAGCAUCCAGCACCAUGAGGUACUGAGGAUCAUGUGCAAACAGGCCCUGGCCCACCAAUUACAACUCGAAGCAGCUCAGCCCUGAACCAGCCCCUCGUCUUUCCUGUUGGUUAGCUAUGCAUUUGAAACGCAGCUCUAUGAGGUUUGGCCAUUGGAGGCACCGCUUGAUGGGAUGACAUCCCAUCUUCUGUCCUGCCCAUCAGCUGCCCUAUUGUUAAUGAGGUGACUGCACUUUACCCAUUUGGGUCCAUGUAAAGAAUGCACGUGUGAUAGGGCUCAAGGUUCAGUGGUAUUUGGCUCUAUAGGUUUAGCCUUCUCUGUUAAUGCAACAUUGAAUAUUGCAUUUAUGACAUAUGGCCACCCUGUUUAUAGGGUUGGGGAAGAAGGCUUCCUCUGCACGUUUCCAUACUUGUGCUUGAUUGAAGGUAUAGGCACUGUACUAUCCCCUUCCCUCCAAUGGUCUUUGUGCCCUGGCAGAUCUGCUGAAAGCAAUAACGACUUGGUCCAGUUGUUUGCGCAGCACAAGUUAGAUUGUACGUGAUGGUUCUUCACGUUCCUGUGCCUGAAUCUCCAGAUUUUUUGCAUUGUGGUCUGAGCUUGUACUGCUAUUGAUGUUUUACCCAGUUACUUUAAAGGAGCUAGUCUUUGAACCAAAGGAGAUUUGUUCUCCUUUAUGAAUCAAUAACUGACCUUUGUAGAUACAAAUGUUUUCACUUGUUUGUUUGCUUUCUUUUCACCGUUUGAUAACCUUGUCCAGGUGAUUUACCUUCUGUUGUUUGUAGGGCUUAAUGGUGCUUUAGCUUUGGCAGAUGGCAGGGUUCUGGGUAUAUCCAGUUUUAUUUUUCACCUCUUGGAAUUACCGUUGAUAUACUUAAUAGAAAGGUUAAUUCCCUCACUUGCAACAAUAAUGGCAUUGUGCUCACAGGAACUGCAGUAUGCAUCUUGGCAUGGCUCCCUUUGAAACUGUUAUAAACUUCAUGCCAUUAAUUGGGAAGUCUUCAUUAAUUGACUGGAAAUUUCCAAGAGAGAAGCAUCUGGUCAUCCCCCCCCAGUUUUUUCUUGUAUUUUCCUAAGUGUACAUAUAGUCACUAUAGUUAUAUGGGUUAUCCCCUUUUUCACUCACUAAGCAGUGUGUUUGUUAGUUCCAUUUUAAUCUUUGGGAGUCAGAGGGCUUUAGAAUUUUUGAUUGUAAAUGGAGCAACCUGUACUAGAAUGAACUGAAUAGUAUAGGUGUUUAGCUCUUUAGGAAUAUGAUUACAAACCAACAUGUAACGGGUGUGUGACUUGUGCCUGAAUUUUGUCUGAAAUUAAAUGUGAAAAUAGCAAUUUGUUUUCUGAUCAAUUUGUGUACAUCUCUAUUUAGCUACCACAUGUUGCAAAAGUUAAGCUAUGAAGUAUUUUUGUGCUUACAGUAAAUUAAGUGUAGUUAUUUAUUCAUGGAACGGAUUCUGGGUGAAGUUAAAAUCAGCAAACCAUUUUCAGUUGCUUUGUACAUAUAGGUACCUCUGCUAUGUUCAUGGAUGCUUUGCACUGUAAUUGUUAUCUGACACAAUCUAAUUCUCUACCAGCUGCCUGAAACUUUGCACAUUUGGUAACAAAAUGCAAAUUGCAAACGCUUACUAAAACUGAUCUUGAAUUCUUGAUCAACUGUUCUCAUUUAGCCCAUACCGUUACGAUAAAUUUAAAUGUCAGCAGUGUCCUUUAAUAUUGGGUUUGAGUGUUAAAAGGGAUCCAAUCCUGAUAAUCUGGUUCUUUUUAUUUUUGUAAUUCAUGCUCUUGUAGGUUUUUUAAAAAUUUUUGUGUGUUUAAACCUACUUGUGGAAUGUUGUAAAUCCAUGGUUUUGUUCUGGAAUGAUAUUGUAGUGUUUGAAUACUGGAUCAAAUAUUUUAUUAACGCUACCAAACUGUGAUAAGUUGGGGUGGGUGGGAGUUGAGGAAAAUGUUAUCAAUGACUUUGUAAAUGCCAUAUGGUUUAUUGGCAUUUGAAAGUUGAAUACCUCCCCUCUUCAGUGGAAGUAUUGGUAUUUUUCUUCCAGUAUGUUAAAGUACACUUUAGACUGGUUGCCUACUAUUUUAAAACCAUAUAUUGUCCCAGUAAAAUAUGUGGAGGUAUUGUAUAUUAUUCUUGCUACAUAUACAAUACUACAGUAGAAAUUCCAUGUUAUGCAGUCUUUAGUUGUAUGGAAUGGGUAACAUUGACUGAGGCAAUGCCAUUGGAAUCAAUCGGUGCCUUUGUAAAUCAAAAUAAAAAUGAAUUAUAUUAAGUAUG